AUGUCGCACGGCAACCGGACGAUACCCGAGACCAUCGACCGACUCGCACUAAGCCAUAGCGACAAAGUCUGGGCACGUUAUCCUCUGUCUCCAGAAGCCUUUGAACAAGGAGAAUGGCAUUCAGUCACCUUUCAUCAGCUUGCCAAUGCGAUCCACAGACUGGCGUGGCGCCUGUCCGAACUGUUUUCUGAACACGCAGACCUUGAGACUAUUUGCUACGUUGGACCAUCAGAUAUCCGAUACUUCAUUCUGGCGUGUGCUGCGUCGAAAUGUCGAUUAAAGGUAUGGUCUCACGGCCCGGAAGGCAAGAGGUGGAUCUUCAAAUAGAGGCUAAUCGAUUGACAGUGCCUAUUCUCAUCACCUAGAAAUCAAGUCGAUGCGCAUCUGUCUCUGCUGGAAAAGACUGGCUGUCGAAUGUUAUUUGGUUCCCGAGAUCAGACUCAGGAUGAGACCCUGCGACGCCUCGUCGACGCACAGAACGUGAAGUACGAGAUUCUGCCAUCUCUCGACGAACUUCUCGAUCAUCAGAUCGUCGAACCGUUCCCCUGGUCUUACAGUUUUGAGGAUGUAGCAACUGAGCCAUUCCUCGUUCUGCACACAUCAGGCUCGACUGGCUUGCCUAAACCAGUAAGUAUCUCGCACGGCCUGCUAGCUACCAUCGACCUUCAACAAACUCUCCCCGACGUCAACGGACGCUCCGUCUCUGCACCAGCAUGGGCCAAUCGUCCCGUAUACACAGCUCUCCCUCCUUUCCACUCGGCCGGCAUCAACUUCUUCUGUUACUCCAUCUUCCAAUUUACCGAGUUAAUCUUUGGUCCAUGCGACAAGCCGCCUUCGAUGGAGACAGUGGACCGAAUCUUGGAUGCGCACAUCGCAGAUGCAGCAGUCAUGGCUCCAUCACUGCUUGCGGAAGUGGCUAUGGACCAUGUUAUGCUUUCCAAAAUCUCUCAAUGGUCAAGUGUGACCUUCGGUGGUGGACCACUACCGAAAGAAGCUGGCGAUGCCUUGUGGGAGAAGACGAAAGUACUGCAAAUUCUAGGCUCGACCGAGACUUUCAACAUUCCUGAACUUAUGCCUCGAUCGAUAGACGAGUGGGAAUACCAUAAUUACCAUCCGUGUCUUGGAAUCGAGUACCGGCUACAGGAGGGUUCGAAUGGUCUCGCCGAGCUGGUAUUCGUGCGCAACACCGCAAGCCAGCGGCAUCAAGGAGCUUUCUGGACGUUUCCCGACUUUCAAGAGUAUCCGAUGAAAGACUUGUAUGAGCAGCACCCUUCGAACGCGGACUGUUGGCGAUAUCGCGGUAGGCUGGAUGACAUUAUCGUGCUGUCUAAUGGCGAGAAGAUCAACCCGACAGCAGCUGAACGACUCAUUGCACGAGAAGAGACCGUCCAGUCAGCGCUAAUUGUUGGCGCUUCACGAGAGCAGCCAGCGCUUUUGGUCGAGCCGGCUGAUAUUCCUGGAUUGGAGCUGGAAAAGAGACGAGCAUCAAUCGUACAAGCAGUCGAGUACGCAAACGAAAUAUUACCGGCCCAUGCACAGAUUCAUGAAUCGCACAUUCGAGUUCUUGAGCCAUCUGAAUCCUUCCUACGGUCUGCCAAAGGAGAGAUUCGCCGAGCACCUACUACUGACGCUCUUUGCGACUUGAUCACGCAAGUUUACGAUUCUGCUGAUGGGGGUAGUGUUCACUCUCCACAGCUGGACUUCAGCAGCGUGGAGUCUUUGAGCCAUUGCCUGAGAGACUUUUUAUCUGUUGAAUUCAUGGGCCGUCGUGAGAUCGCACUGGAUGCGAACAUUUUCAAACUUGGGUUCGACUCAUUGAAGGCCUUGAAGCUGCUGCGAUACCUCAAUCAAAGUCUUCGAGAGCAGGGGCACGAUUCCAAAUUAGCUCCGCGAGCUAUCUAUCAGCAUCCCACGGCGCUCAAGAUGGCCCGAAUGAUGUUGCAGACGCUGCAAGGAAAGCCUUGCGAAGAGAGCGAUGCCGACGAUCAUCUCGCAGCAAUGCAGCGGAUGCACGACUUGUUCGAUAAACGCAUCUGCGAUUUCAAGCAAGAUCUUCGGGCAAAGGUCUUGUCGAGGAGACAUGUUUUCGUCCUAACUGGAUCGUCGGGCUCGCUGGGCUCGUACGUCCUGGAUAGCCUCUUGCUGAGCCCCUUUGUCGACAAGGUCGUGUGUCUAAAUCGACCAGGCAGCAACGCCGAGAAACAAGCGAAGAUCAACGAGUCGCGUGGUUUGACAACUGACCUCUCUCGCGUCACCUUCUUCGAGACCGAUAUCUCAAGACCACAUCUUGGGCUGGUAGAUCAACAGUACAACGAGCUGUUGCAAGAGGCGAGCCAUGUGAUCCACAAUGCCUAUCCUGUCAAUUUCAAUCUUCCUCUGAGCUCGUUUGAGCCGCAAUUGGAGACUUGCUGCCACAUGAUCGAGCUGGCGACUACAUCGAGAAACAAAGUCAAGACCAUGUUCUUGUCUAGCGUGGGUGCUGCGAAUCAGUGGGCAUCUGUGCACGACGGAUCUGUCCCAGAGGAAGUCCUGUCCGACUUCCGUAUAUCGGAAGACAUGGGCUAUGCGCAAUCAAAGCAGCUCGGCGAACUUUUAUUUGCGAGAGCAAGCCAAAAGCACGACUUGCAUGUCACAAUCUGUCGGGUCGGGCAGAUUGCUGGGCCUGUCAAGUCAGACAAAGGACUUUGGAACCCAAGUGAGUGGUUUCCAAGCAUCAUGUCCAGCUGCGAUGCCCUUGGCACAAUACCUGAGAGCCUCGAGGCAAUGGACUGUAUGGAUUGGAUACCAGUUGACAUGCUUGGUAACAUGCUAGUAGAGGCUGCUUUAGCGGACACCACUGCGACGCCUUCCGAGCCCGACGCAUCAACGCCAGAUACCCACACACCGGGUGCUCUUAGUGAGACUUCCAGCGCAUCGGAAGGCUCGUCGUUGGAGCUGGGUGUUGCCAGUUCCCAAACUUCGCUAUCGUCUGCUUCAGAAGAGACGAUGCCAAAUAUGGAAGCCACAGUCCUGCAUUUUGUGAAUCCCAACAAGACGUACUGGCGGGACAUUGUGCACUCUCUUGUCAAGGCAGACAACGGGAGAAUCCAGGUGGUACCAUACUCGGAGUGGCUCAAUACCCUGGCCGAAGCCUCUGAGCGAGAGGACUCCGCAGAGAGAGUUCCAGCAGUCAAGCUUGUUUCAUUCUUCCGAGAUAUUGGACAACCAGGAUCGAAACGACCUGUCUUCUCGACAGAUAUUGCACAGGAAAAGAGUGUGUCGUUGAGCAAACUGGAGCCUGUAUCGCUGGGUUGGGUUCAGCGGUGGUUACGGCAAUGGGAGAUAGUCCUUUGA